AGCUGACCCUUAUACAAGCCCAAAACACACACAAAAAAUGGAGAAAGAGUCUGAAUAUUGUAGGGAAAAAUGGGCGCCUUGAAAGCAGUGGCUGUCAUCUCUGGUAACAAUAGCGUCAAAGGCUCCUUACAGUUCAUCCAACAACCCAACGGCGCUACCCAUGUGAGAGGAAGAAUAACUGGUCUCGCUCCAGGUCUUCACGGUUUCCAUAUUCAUGCUUUGGGCGAUACUACCAAUGGCUGCAAUUCCACUGGACCUCAUUUUAAUCCACUUAAGAAGGAUCAUGGAGCUCCCACUGAUGAUGUGCGUCAUGCGGGCGAUUUAGGCAACAUUGUUGCUGGUCCUGAUGGGGUGGCCGAGAUAUCAAUUUCAGAUAUGCUGGUNNNNCUUAGUGGAGUACACUCCAUCUUGGGGAGGGCAGUAGUUGUGCAUGCUGAUCCUGAUGAUCUGGGAAGAGGUGGACAUGAACUUAGUAAGUCAACUGGGAAUGCCGGUGCAAGAGUUGGUUGUGGCGUUAUUGGGCUUCAGUCAUCUGUUUAGUACUUGUGUUACUCACUUCAUCUUGUUGCUCCUGUCAAAGUACUCGUUGUUGUAGCUAUACUUAACUUUCAGACAUUCCUUACCCUAUACCCCAAAGAGCUAAUGAAUAAAAUACUUCUAAUGCGCUACCAGGUAAGUGAUUUUACUUCUCUGGUCAAUUUUUUGAGGUUUCCUCCUAAUGUGAGACAUUAUUUUUCCUA